AUGACUAGCGCCGAGAUAACAGGGAGCUUAAAAGAGCGCCUGUAUCUGUGCGAUCUUUACUCCCUUCCCUCACUUAUGCACCGCCGUUUCUCCUCUCUCGUGAAGCCGGCUCGCGCUUCAAGCUCCUCCGCAACGGUAGACUUCGCUGACGAUGACGCGGAGUCCAAAAUCUCGACGAUUGUCAGGGACGACCCUUUGCCUCCGGCGUCGAGCAAGGUCAAACGUGUGGACUACUACUAUUCGCGUUGGGGAAAGCAAUGGAAGUACAAGAAUAUGAACUCCAAGGUCACUGUGGAGACAUUGCCUAUUCUUGGUGGAGGGAACAACGAUCCAUGGAAGGAAUACAGCUUCGUCCUUGUCCGCACCAUUCAUCAACAAGAGAACCGGCAGCCCACCUUCAAAGUCGUGAUCAAGAGCGAAUACAUCCUCAAGGCCUGCCAAGAUGUAAUCCAAACUUGGCCCGGUAUUUCCUGGAAUGCGGACCCUCUCGAGAUGGAGCCAGAGACUUUCCUUACAUGGUACCAGAGCUUCAUCGAAUAUCGUGACGCGCUCGCAGCUCGCAAGGCCCGCACGGAGCAGGAAACAAACAUUAUGUCCUCUGUGACAACCCUCCUUUCCUUCCUCGCCACCGACUUCCGCUCCACCCUCGCCCAAAUUUCUCGGCUCACGGCCCACAACGAAAUCACAUUUGACCUCCUCUACGCCAUCCUUGUCCCCCGCACUCUCAUCGUUGCCCGUUGCGCUGUCACCGGCCUCGAACGGCUUUUCCGACUCGAAUCAUUCACCAGAACUGCGGUCGAAGGCUGCCCCGUUUAUGCUCUUUCGCUCGAGGCGGUCGACCUUGUCGAUCGGCCUUUGACGCAGAGUGUCGGUGUCGGACGAGUCCAGGCAAGCAUAUUCAUACCCUUUUUCAAGGGUGCCGCCCGCAUCGAUACCCUGGAUGCCUACCCGUUGCGGUUCCAUCCUAAUCAAAACCAAUUGGUCGAAACGGUCAAACAACGCGGCCAAAAAUGGGUUGGCCUGCUUGGUAUCCACCACCAAGAGUACGACGGCAUCGCCGCAGUCAAGAUGCUAAACCGUGUGGUGCGACACCAGGUCAAGGGCAGGAUUAUGGUGGACCGCGGGACAUUCCAGAAGAACAACCCAAACUACGCAUUUCCCACUCCCGUACCUCCGAAGGCGGAUGAUUCGAUGGUCAACGGCAUGCAUCCUAACGCCCCCGUCAUGCAGUUCGACGUAUAUGGCCAACCAAUCAUGCAAACCCCAGGAACGGGGCAAGGAUUUGGUGAUGGUGCUCUAAUUCAUUCUCAAGCUGAGGCAGCAACCGAGACCAAGGAGCUCACCGAUGAAGAGCUACUCCUGACACCCACAAUUGUCUAUGGAUUCUCCCUCUCCGACAAAACCUGGUUGGAAUUCGAUGUUACAAAAGUCCAGCCCGUCAAGUGGAAUAAGGAUGCUUUCGCCAACCUCGUCCUCCCCACGGACCGCAAAGUUUUACUCCAAUCUCUCGUUGAAGCCCACCACCAAGAGACGGGCUUUGACGACUUCGUCAAGGGUAAAGGUGCUGGCCUCGUUGUCAAUCUCUUCGGCCCGCCCGGUGUUGGUAAAACGUUCUCAGCUGAAGCAACCAGCGAGCAUGUGCAACGCCCGCUCUAUGUCAUUGGUGGAGGCGAUCUGGGUACUCGAGCAGCAGAUCUCGAUGUCGCUUUGGAGCGCGUUUUCAAUGUCGCUACUGCAUGGAAAGCCAUCGUGCUCAUUGAUGAGGCGGAUGUAUUCCUCGAACGUCGUUCGCUUCACGAUCUGGAACGAAACGCUAUGGUUGCUGUCUUCCUUCGUCAUGUCGAAUACUACCGCGGCAUCCUCUUUCUCACCACCAACCGUGUCCAAGCCUUCGACGAAGCCUUCCUCUCGCGCAUCCACGUCGCGCUCCACUUCUCGGACCUCACCGAAUCUUCCCGGGCCCAAGUCUGGCGCGCCUUCAUCGCUCGUGCCGGUGUCCCCGUCAUCGAAGAGGAGAUUGGGCAAUUGGCGAAACGCGAGGUCAACGGGCGGCAGAUCAAGAAUGCCGUACGGACAGCGCACUCGUUGGCGUUGGCACGGAAGGAGAGUGUCGGGUUUGGGCACUUCUUGGAGACGCUGGAUGCCAUGGACGAGUUUACAGCUCAGUUCGAGGGAAUGAAGGCAUCGCAGACUUAA